CAAGAGGAAAAGGACCGAGUGAAAGGGUGAGACAGGCAGAGAGAAGCAUCUCUUUAGUGCAUUCAGCUUGCAGCAGCUCUGGACGCAGGAAGGCAGAGCAGAGGGGGGAGAGCACCUGCACAACACAUCUCUCUCUCUCUCUCUCUCUCUCUCUCUCAGACACACUCUCGCACGUCACAGACACGCAUUUGUGAGGAGGCGUGAGGCUCAGGAGGAGGAACACCACAUACACGCACGUUUCGCUGGCUUAGCUGCGCUUUGGGGAGCUGUCUCUUGAAGACUGGACCAGAGCUGUAUCCAUCGCUUCAUCCAUCCUUUUUCUCCCUUCCUGCUUUCCAUUCCUUUAACUCAGAAGCAGCUCUCUAUCACCCAUACCCGAUUAUUUGGACUGAUUUGCUCUCUGUCAUUCAUCUAACCUCUGAUCAGUGUGUGUGUGUCUCUCUCUCUGUAACCAUCUCUGCCUGUCUCUGCUUUCACUCCAUUCAGCCAAGAGAUCAAGAGACACACUUGGAGAGCAACUAACCAACCGCCUGAGACACCGACCUUUCGAGCGCAAUCAUGAACUUCCUUCGACGCCGUCUCUCUGACAGCAGCUUCAUGUCCAACCUUCCCAACGGGUACAUGACAGACCUCCAGAGGCCUGACCCAGCUGCUCCUCCUCCCCCCACCGCCACCUCCCCUUCCCAGCAAAGUGCACCCCCAACCACGGUGCCUGCGCCUGCCCAGUCCCCGACCAAAGCUCCAGCACCGGACCAGGCACCCACCGGCUCCCCCACAGCUCAGGAGCGCCGUGCGAGCCAGCCGGCUCAGCAGCCUCAACCGGCCCAGCCCUCCUCAUCCUCCUCCUCAUCUGGCUUCUUCAGCUCCUUCAGCUCCAUCAGCUCCAUCACCAAUGUGGUCAAACAGACGGCAGCAUCCGCCGCCGGGUUCGUGGAGCAGUCUGCUACAUCUCCCUCGCUCUCCAAGAAGUUCAAGAUCCUGUUGGUCAUUGACGAGCCCCAGCAUGAGUGGGCCAAAGUGUUUCGGGGAAAGAAGGUUCUUGGAGACUACGACAUCAAAGUGGAGCAGGCUGAGUUCUCAGAAGUCAACCUCAUCGCACAUUCCAAUGGAACCUGUAACGUGGACAUGCAGGUCAUCAGGAGUGGGACCAAAUUGGUCAGGUCUUUCAGGCCUGACUUUGUUUUGGUGCGCCAGCACGCCUUCAGCAUGGCCCAGAACGAGGAUUUUAGGAACUUAAUCAUCGGUCUGCAGUAUGCAGGCAUCCCCUCUGUCAACUCUCUGGACUCCAUCUACAACCUCUGCGACAAACCUUGGGCUUUUUCCCAGCUGAUCAAUAAUCAGAAGAGGCUGGGUUCAGAGAGGAUCCCUCUUAUUGAUCAGACUUUCUACCCCAACUACAAAGACAUGAUCACAUCACCAAGUUUCCCAGUGGUGGUAAAGAUCGGACACGCCCACUCUGGAAUGGGAAAGGUCAAAGUGGACAAUAUGAGUGACUUCCAGGACAUUGCAAGUGUGGUGGCCAUCACUCAGACAUACUGCACCACAGAGCCGUUUAUUGAUGCCAAGUACGACAUCCGGGUCCAGAAAAUCGGCGCUGACUACAAAGCAUACAUGCGAACAUCCAUCUCUGGUAAUUGGAAGAGCAACACCGGAUCUGCCAUGUUGGAACAAGUAGCCAUGACUGACAAGUAUAAGCUGUGGGUUGAUACCUGCUCGGAGAUCUUCGGAGGGCUUGAUAUCUGUGCUGUCAAAGCCAUCUGUGGCAAGGAUGGUAAUGACUACAUUACUGAGUUUGUGGGUUCAUCUAUGCAGCUGAUUGGCGAUCACCAGGCAGAGGACCGCCAGCUCAUCUCAGAGGUGGUGCUGGCUAAGAUGAGCCAAGCACUGGCCACCAGGUCGUCUAGUGCUUCCCGCUCCCCGGCUCGCUCCCCUCAAGGCCAGAAGCCAACUACUGUGCAGCCCCAACAGAGUGCUGCCCUUAAGGAAGGACCGGCAGAUCCAAGCAGGACGUCUGUUCAGCGCCCUCUUCCUCAAGAUGCAGCAGUGAAAUCACAGAGUGUGGACAUAUCAUCAGAGUCAGCUAAGAGAGCAUCUGAGCCGUUACCAAAGCCCAACCAGGCCCAGAAACCAAGCCCAGGUCCAGCACAGAAACCAACUCAGGCACAGAAGAGCCCAGUCCAGAGGGCCACCUCUGUCACAAAGCCUCCAGUCCCAAGGCCCCCCCCAAUGAUGAGAGCCCCAUCCCUCGCAAAGUCAGCCCCAGAUUCGGCUUCCAUCCCGGCCCCAGCCAAAUCUUCACCAUCUUCCCCAGUCCCAGCAGCAGCAGCUGCAGCAGCAGCAGCUCCAGGCUCUCCCCCGACCAAAGCAGCAGCAGCCGUGGAGGUCCCAGCCCCGGCCUCAGCCUCAGCUCCUACCAUAGAGCAGCCCAAGCCCCAGCCCCAGGGCUCUCCAUCUCCAGCUCCUGGCAAACCAAAAGAGCUGCCCCCCAAACCCGCACCACCUGCAAAGCCCAUCCCUCCAUUACGCAGGAAUUCAAAGCCGCAGCUCCAGCCAAAGCCGCAAACCCCGCCGCCACCCAAGACUUCCUCUAAACCCCAGUCCGCUGCCCAAGCCCCAGCACCCACUCUGGCUUCGGAUCCUUCCUCAGCCCCUGCCCCAGCACAGGUUCAGUCUCCAGUCAGAGCCAGCCAUUCCCCGCCUAAUGUCCAGUCUCCAGCUAAGGCAAAGCCCCAGGCCAAACCGGCCUCUCCUUCCCAAAACCCUGAGCUUGACCCAGCUGAAGCUGCCGCGGCCCCCGCUGAGGCAGAGGCCCCUGUGGAAGAACAGCCAGGAUCCCAGCAAAAGACCCAUCCUCUGCUUAAUAAGUCCCAGUCCCUGACCAAUGCCUUCAGCGCCUUCAGCGACUCCUCUUUCUUCCGUGGGGUCUCAAGCACCGGAGGUGACGGCCAAGACGAAGUGAAGGCAGAGACCAUUCGUAACCUCCGAAAGUCCUUCGCCAGCCUUUUUUCUGACUAGACAUAGCCGAACCGUAGUCAGCCAUUUAUUUAUUCUGCCCACCACCCUUUUUGCCGUUGGCCAGUGAUGACUUGAUCAACAUUAAAUGUGAACCAGUCUGAGAUUAAACUCUGUGUGUUAACUGUACUGUAUUCCCUCCGUCCCGGUCACUCUCCUCCUCGACUUUCAGCUUCUCUGUGUGAGUAACAGUGAGGCCUGCUGGGUAGGAUAUCAGUGAAGGAUGCUGUGCCAGAUUAAUUGGACUGAAGGAGUUACGUCAUUGAUAUUUACUAGAGUAGAGUAGAACAGAAUAGAACAGAAUAACAAAAUAUUUAUUUUUCCCAGAACACACUUUAAGGAACUCUUUCUGAAGUGCAGUAUAUAAAAAGUAGAAUAUUUAAGAAUACAGAUAGAAUGUACAUACAGUAUAUAUAUUUAUACAUAUACAUAUAUAUACAGUAUAUUAAUACAAACAUACAUAACUAUAAAGGGAGAUAAGCCAAUUGAAAAAGAAAAAAAAUCCAGUAGCACUUUCAAUUAGUUUUUGUCAGUGACAUAACUCUUUCAUUCAGUGGCUGGAUUCAUACAUAUUUUAAAAGAGUUAUAUGAUAUUUAAUAUUUGAUGGUUUGAUCCACAGUGAAUCAAUUUUAGUCAGUAAGUAAAAUGUUGUCAUUAAGGAUUUUUUUCCCUGUGUAAAUCCAGCCAAUGUGUCUCUGGUCCUUGGCUACUGACGACUGGGCUUGUCAUUGCGCCCCCUUUUUUGGUCAACAAGCCUUGAAGUUCAUUGUCGUGUGAGGGAGUUGGAAAUAUAUGUUAUGUUCAUCCGUGUUCAAUUGUUAUGCAUGGCUCCUCCAAGUGGCUCAGUAAGAUUUUUGGAGAAGGGAGCUCUAUCAGUGUUGAGUUUUGCCCUUUGUGGCCUUUCUCUCUCUCUCUCUCUCUCUCUCUCUCUCUCUCUGUCUGUCUCUCUCUUUCUCUCUCUCUCUAGAUGUUGUAGCCUUAUUGUGAACAUGUUUUCAAUUCACAGCUGCAUUUGUUAGUUGUGCAGACCUGGGUCGAUUACAACUCGAAAUGUAUUCAUUUACUUCCAAGUGUUUAAUUAAGUAAACUAUUGAGGGCAACAGUGACUGCAGCUGUUGUAGUUUUGGGAGCAUUGGGAUCGACCCCAUUGCUUACCAGACUGGAUAAAGCAAUCCUAAAAAAGUAAUUGAAUGCAUUUCAAAUUGUAAAAAAGACUAAUGUCUGUAGCUGUGACUGGUGAUUUCUUGUUUCACCUCUGUGUAGAUCUAUCAACAGUCUCGUAAUUUGUUGAUUAUUCUCAUGAAAAGACAUUGAGACAGUAGUGCAAUAACACCUCAACAUGCCUGUUGGGCACUGUCACAUUAUCAAUAUAAAUAUGAUCAUACAGGACCUGUGUAUCUGUUAAAUACCUAACUCUUACAUUCCCUUUAAGAUUCCUUUCAGUCGCGACUUUCCAGGUUGCUUUUUACUGCAGUCAGACGCUGGCUUUCAGAUUAAUAGUCCAUGUGAAACUGUUGGUUUCUGUGUUUAACCCUGUUUGUGUGUGGGACUAAAUUUAAGGCAACCUGGAAUGAACCCAGUACCUUGACUGGUCUUUUUCAGUUGAGUUGCUGCUGCAUUUCAAGAUCAUAUGUGGAGAUAGAAAAAAUGAAUACUUAGGAACUGCUUACAAACCUGUCUACUUAUCCAUUUCCAGUACUAUGUUGGAAGUAAAGUAUAGCAUAUUGUAUUUGUAUGUAAGUAUGUGUCAACUCAGGAGUUUUUUCUUUGUAAUAUAUUGAUUGAUAGAUUUUUUUUAAGGCUCCAUAUUUAUGGUAGAGUAUAUAUUGUUUGUUUUGUAUUGUGUCUUCAUUUGUAAUGCGAUACUGCUUUGCAUGAUCUAGUGACUGAUUAUGGUUUUUUUCUGUACAGAUAAAAGUUAAUAAACAUGUGGUUCCAUCAUUCCACUAAUUCACUUAG